AUGGCUGGUCCUCAUAGCCCCAUCUACUGGGAACCCGGCAGCGGUUGGACGAAACUUACUUCGCUCCCAAGCCCCGGAUUUCUGCCCUCCGGAUUCUGCUCCUCGCCGCCCGCUGAGUCGGACAGCGCGUACGGGCUUAUCGUUGGCGGUAACACUUGGUUAGGAGAUCGAUCACUCUCGGACCUUGAGGCGCCAUCAUCGCACAUUACCGAGUCUCAAUCCGACUUUGACGCUGAGUCUGCUGGCGACGACGGCAAGCGAAGGAAGUUGAGGCGUUCCGACCGCAUCAAGAAACCGAAGACGACGUUGACGUGA